UUUUCGUUAGUGCUUCUGUCAUUCGCUCUUUUAUUCACACCUAAUAGAUCGUUCUUUCCAUGUGAUUUGGGCUCUUUGUCCGUCCAGUCUCUCCUGGGAGCAUACAAUAUCAUGUCUUGCCCCUAACUCGAAUUCAUCUACUCUUUUUUCUCUCGCCUCGCUGGCUAUAUAAAUAUUAGAAUCCUCUAUAAUCUUAAUUGUCUCAUGCUGCCCGUCACUCAUUUCAUGUCAUUGACCCUCUGCGCCGAAGCCGACCGUAACGAAUCCACGCUCUGAUCAGAAUGCACCAACAUCAACAAUCAUGGUCCAUCCUCGCCCAUCGAUGGACAAUCUUCUUCGUCCUCUGGGCCUUUAUUCUCCCAGCUGUCUUUGCUGAAGAGGACCAGGCGACAAAGUCGGCCGAUGCGUCGCGACCAGGCCCAGACCAAACGAUCGUCGACAUAGCGUCCGCUCAGAAUGCUCCACUCAUCCGCCGUCACGAUCACCAGCACGAUCACGAUCACGAUCAUGAAGAGUUGCAGCAUACGCAUAGCCAUAUCGAGCCUCGAUCAACGUCGUCUUCAUCAGGAUCGACCUUCCCCACAGCCUUUGAUACCAGUCUCUCCAACAACUUCACCACAACCUCUUGUCCAUCCUUCUUCACAAGCUUCCUUUCCGACUCCUCCUUCACAGACUGCCAUGCCAUCUCAAUGCUUCUGCGCGACUCCACAGCUUUUUUCCAUAUCCUCACCUCCGCCGCCUCAACGUCUCGUGUUUUAGACAUCGCCUGCGCAGCAGACGUCUCUUCCUGCGCCUCCACCCUUUCGAGCCUUGCGUCCGACCUGAUCGACGACUCAAACUGCGGCAAGGACUAUGCCGACGGCAACCCCCUCGUGACAAAUGCCUACGUCGACCUCAUCACCUACGAGCCCAUCUACCGCGCCACCUGUCUCCAGAACCCAGACACCUCGAACUACUGCUUUGUUGACGCUGUGACGAAUACCUCCAAUGCAGCAGACUACGACGUCUAUUCUCUCCCGUACGGCAGUACAAUCAACAACAGCACCUCCCUGCCCACAUGCAGCUCUUGUCUGCAGGCGACGCUCGAGGUCUUCAGCGAGUGGGCGCAGGUCGAAAAUCAGCCGCUCGCCGACUCGUACCUCCCUUCUGCGGAGGCGAUCAAUGGCAAAUGCGGAUCGGACUUUGCAAACGUUAAUGUGACUGUUGGCACAGAGGAUUUCCCGUCUUCGGCUGAACCGCGACUGGCCCUGUCACUUCCUCUUUGUGUGGCGUCACUGACGAUAGGUCUCAGUUUUUUGUUGAGCUUAUAGCUU